UUUCCACGCCGAGGACCGCUUUUCCCGACUCCCGAACAUGCAGUCUGUCUUCUCUUGCCAUGUGAAAAGCCUCCGGGAUUAGCCAGCGUGUCCUUCCGUUUUUCCCGGAAAAUCGCGGGUUUUUCCCGAUCCCUUCGGCCGUGCGUUCGUCGCUGCGUCCGGGGACGGAGUUUUAUCGAUACCCCGCGCUGCGGAGUCCCGACUGUUUACAGACCCAGCCCCGAGUCAUAACCUCAAAAUCUCGCCCAAAUUGAGUGAUAAAUUCGCGGAAGCAGCGCUUAAGUGGUACUGUGUUGAUAAGUUUUGCGGAAAACUUCAAAAUAAAAACUUUUCGCCCUGAAUUGGGAGUUUUCAUCUUACGGACCUCCAUUUUCUGAAGAAGGGGUCGGUGCGGAGCGGAGGCGGCGGGGCCAACACGAUGGACGCGAACUGGUGACGCGGCGCCGGCAUGGGCAAUAAAUUGAGUGCCUGCUCUUGCGCCCCGCUGAUAAGGAAAGCCUACAGAUACGAGGACUCCCCGUGGCAAACGUCCAGACGCAGGGACGGCCAUUUGCUCAGGAUAUGGGCGGAGGUGUACCACGUGUCGGCGAACGCCUCGGGGCUGGUGAAGUGGGAGGAGGUGAGCAAGGACUUGGUGCCGGUCAACAUCACCUGCAUCCAGGACUCGCCCGAGUGCGUCUUCCACAUCACCGCCUACAACAGCCAGGUCGACAAGAUCCUCGACGUCCGGCUCGUCCAACCAGGGACCCGUAUUGGACUAGCUUCAGAAUGUUUUGUCUACUGGAAAGAUCCCAUGACCAAUGACACUUGGGGCCUCAACUUCACUUCACCCAUUGAUGCGAAACAAUUCAGAGAAUGUUGCUCACCUUCCUUCAAGUUCUCUCGGAAAGCAUCAUCUUCGUACUCAUUGAAAUUAGAUCCUCCGAAUAAGCAAAGCAAAGUCAAAACCAAAAGAAAGCCUGUCUCAACUCCUGCAUCUCCAAGUAGAUCCAGGGAACCACAAUGUACCUGCAUGACACCCGAUCAGUACAACAGACUACGUGCUCAAGAUUCUCGAUAUCGAGGCUCAUCUACUUUGCCAAGGACUGGCCGAGUCGUGAAUGGAACUGGGAUGGUAGAUAAAGUCACUGCAGCCACCUCAAGUACUUCCCUCUAUGAUAACGUAGCAGGUGGAACCGGAGUUAGUGCCGGCACUGGAGUCUCCGGUGGGACAAAGCAGACAGUUCGCCAAAUGAAAGAUCGUGAAACAACAACAGCUGGUGGAAAAGCAUCGGCUGGCCCUCAGCUUCAGAACGUUGCUGUUGGCACUGGAUCUCAAACUGAUGAAUUGCAGGGAACAGAAACGGUUCGAAGUGAAGGAACUCAGGUAGACAGUGGCACUCAAAUGUCGACGGGUACUUGCACAGGAAGACUCACAAAAGAUGCUCAACUGGGGACCACUAUGGGUAAAGGGAACGACUAUUUAGAUGACAACUACAAAAAUAAUAACAACAACAUCAAUAACAUCAAUAGAACUAGGAUGUAUGGAACAUGCAAUGCUAACAAUAACAACAGUAAUAGAAUAAUGAAAGAUGAUAGCAGGAUGGGAAAAGGAAUGAAUCUAGACUCGAACACACUGAAAAAGAUGUUGAAACCAAUGCCGUCGCUAGAAAGUCCGGUAACUUCCCCUGAAAUGGGACGACGGCGGUACAACUACUAUAACCAUCAUGGAUAUCCACAACAGAACGCACGUCAAAGCGGAAAUCAAUCUGAACCAGAAAAUACUUAUCGGCACAAAGGCAGAUUCCAAGAAUCUCUUUCAGUGGAUGGGAUAGGGUGUAGAGAUUACGGGCCAGGCUUGUUUCUUGAUUUAGACAGAAACGAGCGAGGGGUCAGGGGGGAUAUUUCGCCCCCUUCGGAUAAUGUGCUCUUCAACAACCAGUGUUACGCAACGACCCCUAGCUCAAGUAACGGGAAUUCCGAUCAAGAUCAACCCUCUUCUAACGUGAGACCGCCAAGAGGUCGCAAUGGAGGUCAUGAUUAUCAGACUGUGAGUACCCCUAGUUCACCUACAAGCCGCCUUUUGUUAGAGUAUGAAAUGCACUUACGCAAUACCCUGGCCAAGGGCAUGGAUGCUGAAAGUUAUAGCUUGCACACUUUUGAAGCUCUCUUGACACAGAGUAUGGAAAAUUUAGAGUUUGCUGAACAACUUCCUCCUGCGAACACAAGAAGCCCCUAUCCAUCAAGAAGACGGAACAACAAUAACAAGUCAUCAACUCUCCCACCAUUAGCGCACAGAAUGCCCGCUGUUGAGCGACAAGGUAGCAGAGAUCGAGAAGGUUACUACAGUGAUCGCAAUGAGCUAGCACGUGAAAGGGGCUAUAUGAGCGACCGAGAGAGGGGCUAUGUAAGCGAUCGAGAAAGAGGCUACGUCAGCGACCGUGAUAGAGGUUAUCUCAGUGACAGAGAGGCAAGGGAUCGAGGCUACCUCAGUGAUCGUGGUUAUCAUAGUGCUUCCAAUCGAUGUGCUUCUUGUUUGGGUGAAUCUGCCCGUGCUCAAUGGUUCCGUCACAGCGAUGGCUGGAGGUCGGGAAGCUCAACUCUUGGCAGUGCUACAUCUGGAAUAAGUACCUCAACGUACCAACCACCAGAUGGACAACCACCCAGGCCUCACCGCCGUUCGCCGUGGGACUCGUUGCCCUCUCUCCGGCAAGAUUCAAGUUUAGGUGACAGCGGUUAUAAGUCAAACCCAGCAGAUUCUUUCGAAAGAAGGAACAUGUUCGAGAGGCAAGACAGCUUACGCUCCGAUUACAUGAGCGACCGGGAGGGACGCUACGGUAUCGUGCAGCAGGCAUCCAUUGAGAGCACCGACUCACGUCUCUGCUACUUGACAUCCUCUGAGGUGAGUGGUGAUAAAUUUUCAUUUUGGUUUUGA